AUGUCCUCAGCUGAAGAUCCCGGCCGUAAAGAACUUCAACCACCCACGCCCACUAAGUCCCCAAUGAUAACGUCAAUCAUACGCCUUCAGGAUCUUCCGACAGAAAUUCUUUUCCAGAUUUGCCUGGAAUUGAAAAAUGAUGACGCUUCAGGCGUAUCCAGGCUCUCAUUGACCUCCAGAGAAUUCCGGGAUAUUACAAUGCCCCACAUAUUCGACCGACUGUCCUUUACAAGACCUCCAACUCACUCGAACACUACAAAUGGAACCAAAGACAGCCGGAUAGGCCUUCUUAGAACAAUGAUUAAAAAUUCUAAGAUCGCCUCUGAGGUCAAAGAGAUUGAAGACUUGCUCGACGGGAAAGGACUCUUGACCAAAGAAGAUCUCGAUAUCAUCAUUCAGGCAACCAAGGACCUCGGACUUACGCCACCAGAAGCUUUGACGCGGCUCUGCCAACAGUUGCAACCGUCCGAAACGGUAGGAGACAUCCAAUUUAGUCUCAAUCAUGGGGCUUACGAGCACUUGGGCUGUUUCAUGACAGAAAUGCUAGUUGCUCAUACGCCCAACCUUCGAGGUUGGGAGUAUAAUGUCCAUGGCUGCUCAAAUGCAUUCAAGUCACUUCGAGAGGCAGUCGGAGCUCGGAUCGGAAUGCCGCUGCUGCCCAAUUUAGUGGAUGCUUACAUUGAGUUGAACGGAUCGGCGGAUCGGGUGCAGCCUUUGGCAGAGGCCGCUCCAACUCUAGACAGCCUCUGGCUCACUUGCAUUCGGGGACUUCAAUCCGACAUUCAAUUCAACAGCGUGCGAGUCUUGAUCUUGACAAAAACAGACUUGACCGCUGCCGAACUCAAAAGACUUCUGUGCGGUUUCCCUGGUCUCAAGAAGUUCUGGUUCACAUCAAGCCACCGCUCAAUGCGUAUCGGGAGCAACUCGCAGCUAUGUCGCCCUCAAGAAGUGGUGGAUGCACUCCAUGCUCUCGGCUUGGGAAUCACAGAGCUAACGCUGCGAUUUGAUUCUUGGGGCUACAAUGAGCCAACCCAGGAUCCCAAUGUCCCGCUCCAUGGUCUUCUUAGCUCGAUUCGGAAGCUUAAUAAAUUGGAGAAUCUCGAUUUUGACGGGAUGUGCUUUUGGGGUAGAAGCCAUUCUUUCAAUCCAUCCGAAAUUUAUGAUUCUGUGAAAGCUCAGCCCCUUGCGAAGCUUCUUCCUCGUGGCCUUAAAAAACUUACGUUGACGGAUUUGAAGAAUGGUCCGUUUUAUAAAGAUUUAGAUAUAUUGCAGGAGGGGAUAUCGGAAGUUCUGCCGGAGCUGGAAGUACUGGAAUGUGGACUGCGACAUAGGAAGAGACUGCCACAGGACAAGGUGCAGUACCUGACGGAACGCUUCGCGGCUCAGGGAGUGAGAUUUCAAGACUUGGCAAGCCUUCAUAUCAGCGACGAUGAGGAGGAUUGA